AAAUAACGACAUGUACCGUAGCAGUCCCGAGUCAAAAAAGCAACAACCCGAAAUGCUGGGAAAUAAUAUGCUUGGAUUGGAUUGCCUACACAUGAAAUGUUUCCAAGAAAUGUACUUGGAUGCAUGCAAUAAAUUGUGUAUAUCUCCCACGCCAUCUAUGGCUUCCAUGACCGAUGGUACAACCUCAUCGGGAGUAUCAUCAUUGUCUCCAACACCCAGCAUGUCGAGUUCGUCGUCAUCCUCGCCAGAAUUCGAGAAUGGUGGGGGAAUGAUGACACCGGAUUUGGCUGCAUCUCUUUAUGCCUUGCAACAACAACAGUUAUUAGCAGCUUACCAUAAGCAACAACAACAAUUGGCAGCAUCUGCUGCCAUUGCUAAUCAUUCUAAUGAUGGACAACAGCAGCAACAACCACAACCACCAAUAGGCACUGUCAUUGGUAAUAAUGAGAAUAUGUCACAACAGCAGCAACAGGAUGAAAUUUGUAAAUCAUUGCAAAUGUUUGCUAUGUUAUCCGCCUAUUCAAAUGAAAAAGAUCCAUCUGCUGGCGGUGUUGAUGUACAACAAUUACCAAAAUCUCCAGUCGAUGAUGUAAUGAAUGACUUUGCCUGUAAUGGUUACGUUUGUGAUGAACUUAAUCGUUAUCAUUUGGGUUUACAUUUGUCUAAUGCGGCAGCUGCCGCUGCUGCAGCAGCAGCAACAUCGGGAAAUAAUAUUGUUGCUGGAGGAGCCAUUAACAAUCCUAGCCUCUUGACAGCAGCUGUUCAUCAUCAGCAACAGCAGCAGCAAAAUGGUACCAAUCCAACAUCCCCUACCACCACAAAUCCCAAUGUUGCUGCCUUGACACCACAACAAUUGCAGCAACAUAACAUCAACAUGAGUUUCAAUCAUAAUUUUUGGAAAAUUCUACCGGCCCAUAUGCAGCAACAUUCACAAGCGGCCGUUACAGCAGCGGCUGCCGCUGCAGCUGCCGCCGUCAACAUUGAUUACAACUGUAAUCAAAAUAAGAAAAUGCAAAAGCGUUACAAUGGACCGAAGAAUGAGAAAUAUUCAUCGGCAAAACAUUGUGUUUUCUGCGAAAACAACAAUGAACCAGACGCUGUUGUCAAAUCUCACGCCGUGCGUGACUCAAUGGGCCGUGUUCUUUGCCCAAAAUUAAGAACUUAUAUUUGUCCAAUUUGCAAAGCAUCCGGCGAUAAGGCACAUACUGUCAAGUAUUGCCCACAAAAACCCAUCAUUACAAUGGAAGAUGCCGUUAAUGCGGAAUCGUUUCGUCUAUCCAAAGGAACCUAUUACAAACAACAAAUGAAGGUUUAA